UUUGGUUGAAUCGAAAUCAUACAUACACCAUACAACGAGGAUGUCAGACCCCGAACAAGAACAAUUGAUUGAUCAAUUUGUCAAUGUGACCAAUUCUUCCAGAUCACUUGCUGAACAAUACUUAAGCAGGAACGACAACGAUGUCAUGGAUGCAAUUGAAGAUUUUUACUCCAACAAUGAUGCCGGAGCAUCUUCUUCUGGUGCCAAAAGUGCUGGUGCCUCUGGUAAGAAAAGAAGCAGCGGGGGUAUUAGAACUUUUAGAGAUUUGAACGGUCAAGAUGACGGGUCUGAAGAAGAUAAAACCGAUACUAAUUUCUUCACCGGAGGUGAAAAAUCAGGGUUACAGGUUGAAGAUCCAAAUAAAGAUAAAAAGAAAUCAGGCCGUGGAGUCAUUGACCAAAUUUUCCAAAGAGCAAAAGAACAAGCAGAACAACCAGAUGAUCGCCCAUCAGCAAAUCAACUACCAGAUGAAGUUCCCCGUAGACAAUUUACAGGUACUGGGUUUAAGCUUGGUGGGGAAGACGCUCCCAGUGAACAAAUCGUAGAUCCUAAUGCAAACAUACCACAGAGACCUGCUAAAGUUUCGAGAGAAAUCACGUUCUGGAGACAAGGUUUUACUGUUAGCGAUGGCCCAUUACAUAGAUACGAUGAUCCAGAAAAUGCAAGCGUUUUACAAGAAUUGAAUCGUGGAAGAGUACCUGUGGCCUUAUUGAAUGUUGAAUUUGGCCAAGAUGUCGAUGUCUCGGUCAUUAAGAAGACCGAUGAAGAAUGGACUCCCCCAAAGAGAAAAGUUGGAGGAUUCCACGGUCAAGGUCAAAGAUUAGGGUCCCCUGUACCAGGAGAACUUUCUUCAGGACCAGUUGCAACUCCUCCUCCCACUGAAACACCAAAAGCCCAACAUAAACCUGAAGAUCAAGGUGAAGGUGACUCUCUAGUCCAAAUUAGAUUCGCUAACGGUAAGAGGAUAUCUCAUAAGUUUAACUCAACAGACUCCAUAGUGUCUGUUUACGAAUUCGUUAGAAGCCACCCAGAUGCCGGUGAUGCAUCGAGACCAUUCAUAUUGUCCCAUUCUUUCCCAGUGAAACCAAUUGAAGAAUCUCAAGAUGUUUCCGUGGCUGAUGCUAAAUUGAAAAAUGCCGUCAUAGUUCAAAGAUGGAAAUAAUCUGUAUAGUCAAUAAAGGCCUGAG